AUGGCGCAUCGACAAGUAUCGGAGGCAAGCUCGCUCGUCGGACACGCGCCGAGUGACGUUUCCGCGGACGCUACUGAAAGGGAGGAGACAGAGUUCGCGCAGCAGAAGCAGCAGGAGCAGGCGGAGCAACAGGAGUUAAUCCAAACAUCACCGUGCACGUCAGGUCCCCGCGCCAUCCUCCCGCACAUCAGAUCCAACUCCGCCCUUGCCGGUUGCGAAGACGAUUCUUCCGCGUUUUUUCUCCGCGCGCCGACCCUCUCCCCCGCGCCUCUCCCCCUCUCGUCUCCUGCGCCUCCCCCUCUCUCCUUUCCCGCGCCUCCCCCCCUCUCCUCUUCCAACGGCGGAAGCCCAAAACUGUCGGCGACGCAGGAGGCGGCACUCUGGUCGGCGCGCUUCGACUGGAAUCAGUUCCAUAGGUCCCUGGUAACGGCCGGCGCGGGGGGAGCGGCGGGCGCGGCAGGCGUGGCGGUUGGAAGCCUAAACCGCGCAUCACCGGGUGUUGCGACAAAUGAUUCCGCAACUGCUGCUGAUGUUGAAGCCAAUAUCGGCGGUGCUUCUGGCCCGCGGCGAUUCAGUCGCGUCGGCAUCACCCGCGCGAGUACCGCCGCAGCAGACGUCCCAGAGGUUGUCGCAGCCCCCACAGCUCCUAAUUCUCGCGGCGGCGGGAAUCGCGGCGACGAAGGCAGUGGAGGUGGUGGCGGGAGUGGCGGCGGUAACGGCAGAUCCGCUACCGGCGACGGCCGUCGAGGCUCGGUGAAAGGCGCCGCGACGCAUCGCCGCUGCUGCUCGUUAAGUACGGUCGUGAGCACGCACCUUCCGAGCUCGCGUGUCGGAGUCGCGAGCGCACACCUCACGGCUGUAGCGGAAGUCACGAGCGCACAAGUUCCGUUGACCGCGCAAGUCACGGGCGCGGAUGUUCCGACGGACCAGCUGGUCACGACGGGCGCGCAAACCACGAGCGCGCAAAAGGCGCAACCGGAUGAGCCCGCCGCGCCCAAGUCCCCAUCUGCGCCGCGGCGGCGCUCGCCGCCAACGUCGCCUUCAUCCGCGCUGUCGCUUGUGCUCCUGCCCACCGCUUCUUCUUCAAUUUCAACCAGCAAACAACUUCCGCGAGCCGCCUCCGUAGCGACUACUACCGGCGGCGCCAGCGGCGCCAGUGGCGUUCUUACGUCGCCGCGUCGACCGGGGAUUGCGGGCCCUCCGCCGACCGUGCGGCGCAAAACGGUUCCGCGAACGCAAUCCGCGGACUCGGUGCGCGGGGGUGGGGAAGGGGUUGCGCAGGUGCAGGUGCAGGUGCAGGUGCAGGCGCAGGCUACGGUGCUGGCGCAAGGGGGAGGGGUCGCGCAGAAAGACAGGACAGGAGGAGGUGCAGCCGCUGCUGUCGUGCGGCUGGGUUCCAGUGCAGGGGGGCCGAGAUUAGGGUUUGUGGAUUGGGCUGGUAUCAGCAAGACAGGAAAGGGUGUUGCUGCUGCUGGAGCAGGAGCAGCAGGAACAGCAGGAGGAGGAGCAGGAAUAGCAGCAGCAGGUGCAGCAGCAGGAGAAGGAGGAGGAGGAGGAGGAGGCGGAGGAGGAGGAGGCGGAGGAGGAGGAACAGCAGCAGCAGCAUCAGCAGCAGCAGGAGCUGCAGGAGUAGCAACGAGGGCCCGGAAGGACAAAAGUCGGCAUCACCACAGGACAAUGUCUCACACUCCUCCCGCCUACCCAACCACGCCCAAUCUCUCACAACCGCAUUCAACCGCCUCAAAGCACCUUCAUCGCCCGCCCAUACCCCUUACAGGCGGUUUACCCCCUACAGGUUUUUUUAGCCCCCAGUUUUCCCCUGAUCUGCUCCUUCAUACCCCUGCUGUUGCUGCCGCUGCUGGUGCAACUGCUACAGGGGAAACUUCCAGGAACUUCUUCAGACGCUCCGCUUCAUCUCCCAACCUCCUCCUCCCUCCCCCUUCUCCUUGUUCCUCCUCCUCCCCUCCCCUCCUCCCCCAAUCUUCUUCUCUCUGCUCCGCUUACACUUCCGUACACUCCCCCCCUUCCCCUGCACUAUCUCUCCCUCCUUCAUCCCCUUCCCCCAUCUCCCCUCCUUUCCCCUCCCCUUCCUUUUCGGAUGCGUCAAACCCAACGAGCACGUCACCGUUGUCCACGUCAGCAGUGUCCACGUCAGCGCAUCCGGAGGGGGGUUUUCAGGCGCCUCAGAAUUCGGAAGAGGCGGCAGCGGUGGCAGCAGCUUCGGCGGUGGAGGAGGAGCAGCAGCAGCAGCAGCAGCAGGAGGAGGAGGAGAAGGGCCCUGGAGCUUCCGGGCCUGUGCUGCAGGCUCGGUUCCCGAGCCCAAGCCUGGCUGCCCGGCCUCCCCGCACCACCUCUCCUGUGGUUCGGUUCGCCGUUCCUGAAGCUUUUGCCGAGGCAAGAGGUGGAGGUUUGUCAACCAAACAGCAGCAAGCUUCAACAGAGCAGCAGAAGGGACUGUCGGAGCAGCAGCCAUCAAUGGAUCGGCAGAAGCAGCAGCAGAGACAGGAGGAAGGAGGAGGGAGAUCAGCAGCACAUGGUAUCAGAAAAAAUGCAGCGUCGGCAAGCCCUCGACGAGUCAGCUUCGACUGGCAGCAGCAGCAGCAGCAACAGCCGCACCCGCACCCGCAGCAGCAGCAGCAGCAGCAGCAGCAGCAGCAGCAGCAGCAGCAGCAGCAGCAGCACCCGCAGCAGCAGCAGCAGCAGCAGCAGCACCCGCAGCAGCAGCAGCAGCAGGACCCGCAGCAGCAGCAGCAGCAGCACCCGCAGCAGCAGCACCCGCAGCAGCAGCAGCAGCAGCAGCAGGAGGCUGUGCGCAAUCCCUGCCAGUCCGCGCCGGGUCACUUUCCCUCAUAUGCCCACUGGGAGCGAAAACCCACACAGCACUGCUUCUCACCGCAGUCCACCGCACUGCAAUGCAUCCCACACAGCUUCUCAUGCAGCCAUCCCCGCCAGUCCGCGCCGAGUCACUUUCCCUGA